UAUUAACCUAGAAGAGGAGGAAUGGGGAAAAUAAAUACUAACAAAUAAAAGUGACGCAUUCGGACACAACAAGAUGGAUGCCCCCACGCCGCUAUCAUGCCAAGAUAUCACAGACACACUGAAGGCGAUGAGGACAAUAGAUGACAAGAUUAUCUAUGAAUUGAACUUGGCCACCCCCACCCCAUCCUUCCGAAGUGCUGUGGAUCCGAGGAGUCAUUGCGCGGAAUUGUACAGACAGCUGAACCAGACGUACAGUGAGCGCGGUUCUCUAAUCAAACAGUGUGAGGAUGAGGCGCGGGGCAGACUGAAGGCAAUGCAGGGACAGAUGGCAAAUAAACGUGAUGACCCAAUGUUUAUGAAGAAAUUGCGUAGUGAACAGAGCAAGGUGAGAGAGUUACAGAACGAGGCAACCAUUGAGGAAAUCAUUAGAGAAAGAAGCCUGAAGGUGUUCGAGGAGAAAUGCCGUCACUUCUACAAGCCGCCCCCUAAAUCUGAAUGACUGACACCAUGCCUGCCUAACCUGCCAGCGCUCUCAGCAAUACAACACCACCCCGCGUAGCUUGCACGAAUAGAGGGAGAGCCAUGCCCUACGUAAUCAGGUUUUAUAUAUUUGAGGGCAAUCUGUAAAGACUAGAUGCUGUUCUCAGGCAUGUUUAGCGUUAGGGGGGAUGAGGAGAUGAAUAUUAGAGGCUUAAUAUGAUGUCCUUCACUGUCACACAUGUACAAAUAAAUGGGAGGUGCCGAAUGCAGAUAACAGGGGUAGCUGACUGUUCUUCCAAGGUCUAUAGGGCUUCAGUCUCUCUUCAGGGAGGGGUGUGGAUUUCAACUCUGGGUUGUAUUUACGUGUUCACCUAAGUGUUAAGUAAGGGAGGCGUGCAAGCAGCUUGGCAUCAUCACAGACUGUAUAUUUCCAUUCCCUGUCUCAUUGAUCACGUCCAUCAGCCAACACACCUGUCAGUUAUAAUGAUCAUGUUUGUAUUUACUUUUUACUGGGAGUUUCUUGUAUAGUAAAACUGUUAGACGAUG